UUGCAACCAUGGAUGACAAACAAAGAAUAUUCGAAGAGGUUGAAGCUGGUGAUGCCGAGAGCAUGGAAAAAUCCAUCUUACAACUUAAAAGUGGUCAGCUGAACGACAUUGCCGCGCUUCAUGAGGGUUUUGACCUGCAAAGAAUGCCGCAGAACUACUUAAAUAAGCGUUCUUGCAUAGAAAAACUUAUUUUCCACGCCACAAUGUCGGACGCAUUAAAGUCACCAUUUUCUGGUGUGAAUCAGUCUCCUCACGUCGGUCUGAAGCUGAGUUCCGAUCAACCUUUUGAUGUGAAAACGUUGCACAAAAGUCUUCCCGCGCCAAGCCCGAACGAUUCUGGUUCUGAAUGGGAUUCGGAACCAACAGACGGAAAAAAUAGUCGGAGUCAGUUGACUUCGUCUGAGGAUCCUUUGUCAAAAUCAAUAGGGUAUCAUUCGCCAUUGAAAGGAAAUUCAGCGCGUUCGUGGACUGCCAACCCGGACGAAUUCUUACACACUGCAAAGUGGCAACUGCAAGAUUUAAGUUUUUUAGUAGGCUCAGAUUUGGCUAUUUUCGGGACGCCAAAACACCCGUGUAUCAGCUUGAAGUUGAGUCCUAUGCACGAGAGCAUAAAUGUGCUAACUGGAAUUGAUAUUUGGCUGGAGAACAUUUUGAACGAAGUGCCUGAAGUAGCUAUGUGUUAUCAUCACGAGGGGAUUGUGAUGCAGGAGUACGAGUUGUACAAAACGUGUGAUGUACCGGCGAUUGCCGGGUUCGAGACCAAACAGAUCUACCGGAUCGUACAGAAUAUCAUCAUGUUUCUUAAGCGCAACGCGACUCAAGAAGGUCACACCUACUGGUUGGUCAAAGAGCCGGAAUGCGGUCUUGUUAAGCUUUACGAUUUAACUACCUUAUGCGAAAACGAUCGGUUUUAUGGCAAACAAGAUCGUAACACUAAGGAGUCGGAAGAAGUCAGUCACCAAUCUGAAUACCAGAGGGACAGUUUGACUGAUGCACUACGACUUGUGCGCAACUGUUUGAAUGUGAUCAGUCUGGCUGAGCGUGGUGUCGCCACGUCGGAUAUCGGUGGAGCCGAGAGCACCAGUUUACCGCCGGCUUUGGAUAAUCUUAAAACACGGGCUAUCUGGCUACUGUGUCGGCUCUAUUUGGCCACACCUUACAAUCUGCUGAGUAGUUGUAUUCAGUUACUACAAACAGAUAUCAAACCAGGCUUUGGGGUAAGUUGGAAUUAUGGCCCACGGAUUUUUGUUGCACACCGUCAAAAAGUGAUGUUUAUGGAACUUAAUUGUGUGAAUUAA